AUGUCCGCCUCGGUCAACGAAAUCUUCUUCGGCGCCUCCGUGGCCGCGGUCCGCCGCAACAGCAGCCUGCGCGUCUACGAGACCGACGUGUCCGGCGGCAUCCGCGAGGCCCAGUACGAGGGCAAGUGGACCGGCGGCACGUCCUCCAACGUCAUCGCCACGGGAAAGAUCGGCACCCCCGUGGCGGCGACCAACCUCGAGUUCCACUCGAUCCGCGUCUACUACGUGGGCGCGGACAACAAGGUCAAGGAGGCCGCCUACGACAGCGGCAAGGGCUGGUACAACGGCGACCUGAGCAGGGCAGACUUUGCCGUUGCUCCGUACUCGGGCGUCUCGGCCGUCUUCCUCGGCGGCCACAGCAUCCUGCGCGUCUACGGACAGCUCCCCAACGACACCAUCCAGGAGUGGUGCUGGGACAACAACGGCAAGUGGACGGUCGGCACCAACCUCGGCGCCGCCUUCCCCGGCAGCUCCAUCGCUGCGACGACCUGGGGCGGCUCGCCCUACCACAUCCGCGUCUACUACCAGGACACCAACCUCAACAUCGUCGAAAAGGCCUGGGACGGCAAGGGCUGGUACAACGGCGGCUUCCACGUGCCCAACAAGGUGCCGCGCGCGCCGCUGGGCGUCACCUCGUGGGGCGAGGGCAACAGCCUGGGCAUCCGCGUCUACUACGGCACGGCGGCCAACGUGAUCAAGGAGAAGGGCUGGGACGGCAGCAGCGGCGGCUGGUACGACGGUGGCUUCUCGCAGGACUCGAUCCCGGGCUCCCGCGUCGCCGCCAUCCCCCUGCCCAUCCUGCGCGUCUACCUGCAGAACGGCACCGAAGGCACCGGCGUCACCGAGUUCGCCUGGAACGACAAGUGGGUCGUGGGCAAGGACGCUCUGCCGCCUGCUUAGGUUUAGUUAUCUCAGUUAGCCGAGGCGGCGAGGAGGCACUGACCCCGUGAGGAUGCGGCUCGUGAUGAGCUCGGGUGCCGUGUGUGUGUGUGGAAAGGGGGAAGACUCGCGGCAAGAAUUGGAGCAAACUUGCACAGCCAAACAUGGGUGGACGAAGAUAUAAAAAGGCAAAUGAGAGAGAAGCACAGAUAUGGAAAAAGUUGCUCGAGUACCGUAGCGCUACAUCGGAG